AUGUUGGAUUCUUAUGCAAGGUUACGUGAAACGUAAUUUAGUGUUUAAUACGAAAAAACAGAGAAAAGACUUCGCACAUUAAGCAGUAUAAUUUUUAAAAACAUGUCGACAGUAGAGGAAUUACAAUUGAGCAAGUUUUGUUCGUUUUUGGAAGCGGAUGACAAAUUUCAGAAAAGAAGAGCUCUAGAAGAAUUUUUAAAAAUCAUGUCCAAAAGAGAAAUAUAUUUGAAGGAUUCUGAAUUGAUAGAAAUUUGGGAGAAUGUACACAGACCUUUGGUACAUAUUUUAAAUGAUCCAUCAGAAGCAUGUCGAGAUAUUGCACUUGAUAUUUUAAAAUUGUUUUUAAUUUCAUUAUCUCCAGCUGACAAACAUGUCAUUUAUACAAUUCCAAUUCUAACAAAUCGUUUGGGUUCUCAAGAAUUAAUUGAAUCAUCAGAAGAAGUUAGACUGAAAAGUGUUGCUCUUUUAUCAAUUAUUAUCCCCAUAUAUAAAGAUAUUUUGCCCCCUUACUUUGAAAAUUUAGUAACAAUUUUAAUGAAAACUGUUACAGACAAUUAUCCAAAAAUAAAAAAAGAAAGUUGUUCUUGUAUAUCGAUUUUAGCUAAAAAUGUUCCAAUACAUUUUUAUCAUUGCUCUGAAAGUUUUGUGAAACCAAUUUUGAGCAAUUUUUCACACCAGCAUUAUAAAGUAAGAGUCAUUUCUGUAAAGACCAUAGGAGACGUUUUAUUAUAUGGUAACAGCAAAUCUAUGGAAGAAGUAGCAACGCCUUUAGCUGAAAGACUAUUCGAUCAAAGUCCAGCUGUUAGAUUAGCUGUGGUAGAAGUGGCGGGUUGUUGGAUGUUGGAAUUAAGAGACAGAUACUCAUGGAUGCAUAAAAUUCUUCCAUUAAUUAUGACUGGAUUACAUGAUGAAAUUCUAGAGACAAGAGUAAAAGGAGCAGAAUUUUGGGAUAAAGCUGGUAAACAAUAUAUGCAGGAAAAUGAAUCCGAUGAUAAAUUCAAAGAUAAAAUGGAUUUUUUAACGGAACAUCCUGAACAUUAUCCACCAAACAUUGUAAGACCAAACUUAGGUUGUAGAGUUAUAUCGCAACAAAAUUUGUGUAAAUUAGUUGGAGCCUUAGGAAGAGAGCUGGAGGACUGGUUAGCGGAUAUAAGAGUUCGUUCCGCUCAAUUACUUUGUGAACUUUUACUACAUGUAGAGCAUCAUGUUACUCAGCACAUUGAAAAAUUACUUCCAUCAAUGUUUCGAGCUUGCAAUGAUGAAGACAAUAGAGUUGUAGAAAAUGUUCAAAAAGCUGCAGAAUACAUAGGAUACUUUGUACCACCUGAUAUUUAUUGUGAAUUAAUACUACAAUUUUUUGAAGACAAUUUAACUGUUGGUCACAUCAGAGUUUUUGGUUCAAUUUUGCUAGGUAGUCACCAAAAAACUCUAGUGCCGCAUUUGGAAAAAUUGGGAAACUUUUUACAACAAAAACACGUUUGUCAGAGAAGAAAUACAAUAUAUCAACAACAAAUAUUAUUUUGCUGUGAAUCACUGCUGAUAGUUUGUAAAGAAGAUUGUACUGUUAUUACAAAUAAUUUAUUUCGAACAAUAUUUACUGUUCUGUCCUUAACAACAAAAAGCGUCUUGGAAAAUGAGGCGAAAGAAUUAUUAGAAAAAUUGGUAAAAGUGGAUAAUUUAGAAAAUUUGGAUGAGCUAUUUUUACGUUAUAUUAAAGUAAUUUUAAAUGAUUUGAGAAGUGGCUGCGAAUUUUGGAAUAUUUAUACUCCAGAAUUUAAUAUUUUUCGAGGAUGUUUCUUACACGCAGUAACUGCUAUUCAACAUUUUUUAAAUCUCGUUUAUCCAAUCUUUGAAGUAACUAUGAACGAAACUGCAGAUGCCGAAGUGAGAUUGAAACAAUUUAUUUUACUUUCUGAGUAUCUUUGUAACCAAAGAAAUGAAAUUGUAAUUUGUGAGAAAGAAUUCAUCCAUUUUAUCGAUUUACUUUUUACAAAAAUAAUAGUACCAGGAUUAGUUUGGUCUGUUGGACGAACAGCAGAAGCAAUAAGAACAGCGUCCGUGUGCUGCAUUUGUUCAUUAUUUUAUAAAAUACAAAACGAUAUCCAUUUCAAAGAUGUUAAUAUAGCAAACAAUAAUGAAGAAACGACUAUCGAACCUCUGAAAUCGCAUGUUAACAAUGAAAACUUUUCCGAACAUUUAAAGAAAAUUAUACCAAUUUUGAUAACGUUGAUAGACGAUAAUUCGAAGCAAACAAGACUAUAUUCUCUUGAAGCAAUUUCGCUUGCAAUGAGCAUUGGUUUUGAAUUAGGAUAUGUUAUGGAAGAAGAUAUGAAUAAAAUUUGCUAUGUUGUAUUGAAAAGAUUAGACGAUGGUGAUGAUGAUGUUCGUUGCACUGCCAUAAAAGCUCUUAAAGAAGUGUGGAAAGCUUUGCCAAAAGACUAUGAUUUGAAUUCAUGCAGAAGUCACGUUGACAUUCUGUACACCAGCGUUUUAGUACAUUUAGAUGAUCCAGAAAAAAAAUUUCAAGAUCUAAUACUAGAAGCUCUAAUGGACCUAAGUAAAGUGCAUCCAGAAUUACUAUUAAAGAAGAUUGAAAACUGUCGAUAUAAUUUCAGAAAUCAGGAAGGCUUGGAUUUAUUAAUGACUCAUAUUCGUGAAUAUUUAAGUAAAGAAUAGAAAUUGCUAAAUAUUCAGAAAUCCUCCUGUAAAAUCAAAGUACUUGAGGUGAAAAGAAACUAAAGUUCAGAAAUUUACGACAAUUUUUGACGAAGUUAUUUUUUUUGUUUAAAAAAAACCAUCAUUUUUAAAAAUUCAUAUUAAGAAC